GUGCUUUUAUUUUGAAAGAAGCUUGUAAAGGAAGGCGCCGUGACGCCUUGUUCCAUCGCGCACGUCAAAAUCGAGUGCGGGCUGGCAUAACCGCAGUCAUAAAAAAUAUUUUCAUGGGACUGAUGUAUAUAUUUUUUCAUUCCCUCAAACUUAAAUUAAAAAUAUUAGACUUUUAAAAAAAUCUAUUUUAAUUAAUUAAAAUGAACCUACAUUAAAUGUUUUACAUAGAUUUGUUUCUUUUCUCCAACAAAGAAGCGCACACAAAUCUAUUUUGCUCAGGAGCUUAUAAUUCAUGUGUUACGGUUUCAUCCGGAAGUGUUGCACGCUGUCAGCUCUCCACUGACAGCCUGGAGUUCAACUUUUGCUUCCAUAUGGAGAACUUGCAGCCCUUAACAUCUCAGUAAUCAGACUUUCAGGUUAACAGAGAACUGAGAACACUGUGCUUAUUUCAGCGGUUCCCUCUGAGCAGAGACACAGCGGAGCAGCAGCGGAGCAGCAGCGGAGCCCGGUCCCGCCCCCGCUGUCUGUCCGUCAGUGUCACCGUCACAUAGUCAGUGCUGUACAGCCGCGCGCGACUUCUAGCUCCCGAGCGCUUCUUUUUUUCUCACUCCCACCCUUGUAGCUUCAGCACCGCGACAAUGUCCGAAUACUUCAGCCUGUCGGACUGCGACAUCAUCGGCUUCGACCUGGACCACACGCUGUGCCGCUACCAUCUGAAGGAGACCUCCAGGCUCAUCUAUGAGAGCUUUGCUAGGUAUCUGGUGGAGCACAAGGGAUAUGACAAGGACCUCCUGAACCUGACUCCUGCUACCUGGGAUUUCUGUUUUAAGGGGUUGGUGGUGGAUCUGGAGGAUGGAAACAUUGUGAAGUUGGCUGAAGACGGCACUGUUUUAAGGGCAACACAUGGAACCAACGACCUCAGCACAGAAGAACUCAUGAAACAUUAUGGGCCAAAACGGGAGUGGAAGCACUUCAACAGCCUAAACACAUCAUUCACAAGAUCAGCAAAAUACUACUUCUAUGACAAUUACUUUGAUCUUCCGGGGGCUCUGCUCUGCGGAAAAGUUGUGGACAUGUUACACAAGCGGGGAAAUGAGGUGAACUCCAACUUUUGGAAAGACAUGUUGGCUGCCAUUGACCACAAUUACAAUACAUCUGCCUUCAAAGAGGAUGCAGGGACUUACUUCCCCAGUAUAAAGAGGGAUCCAGCCCGUUACUUGCAGCCCUGCUCAGACUCUGUGAAGACCUGGCUGCGCAGUAUGAAGACUGCUGGGAAGAUCCUCAUCCUCAUCACCAGCUCCCACAGUGACUACUGCAAGCUCAUCUGUGAAUUCAUCCUAGGGAAGGACUUUGAGCAGCUGUUUGACGUCAUCAUCACAAACGCCCUGAAGCCUGGGUUCUUUUCCUUGAUACCCCAUCAGAGGCCCUUUAGGACCCUUAUGAAUGAUGUGGAAGAAACAGAGGGGCUUCCAUCUCUAGACAAGCCUGGGUGGUACUCCCAGGGCAAUUGGCCACACCUCCAUGAGCUGCUCAAGACCAUGACAGGAAAACCAGAACCCAAGGUGGCGUAUUUUGGAGAUAGCAUGAGGUCAGACAUAUUCCCUGCCACCACCUUUGGGAAGUGGGAGACUGUAAUGAUAGUGGAAGAAAUGGAGGGGGAGGGCGUCCCGAAGAGUGAUGCAGCAUUGUCCAACAAGACUCAGGUGGAGCCGCAGGAGAAAAGGGGAAAAUUUGAGGAGCAAGGCAUGAAGUCACCCUCUGCCGUGUCUAACCAGUGGGGGUCCUACUUUGUUGACAUGCACAAAAGCGAAGGGGGCGACGAGGAGCACCAGAAGCUGACCUGGUGCUGUCACUGUAUUCACACAUACAGUACCAUGGCGAUCCCCAGUGUGGAGCACAUAGCAGAUCUUCCCCUGGAUUACAAGUUUCCCAGGUUUUCCCCGGACAAGCCCUGCACUAUCGGCUACUACCCGAAGCCUCCAGAUUCUGUCUUGAAGAGAGGAAUGUGCCUCUGUUUUUUUGCUUGUAGUUUUCCAGUCAACCCUGGUGUUGCGGGGUGUGUUCACUCCUCACCCAUUCAGAUAAACCAUGUGAAUGUAAGCCACAGUAAAUCUGUAUUGACACCUACAUUCGAAAGUUGUUUUGUGGUUCAGUGUCCCAAACCUAUGAAAAUACAAGAAAACACUAUUUGCGUGUCUGUGUGUGUGUGUGUGUGUGUGUGUGUGUGUGUGUGUGUCUAUUCCUGUCUUGUUUUAAACAGGUGAUCCCUCCCAUCUGCUCUAAAAAAAGGUAAACUUUUGCUCGUCUCUCUUACCGUGAACUGAUUACCUCAAUAACAAGUUCUGCUGUGUGCUGAACUGGAGGACUCAUACCUUCACAUCCCAGUUCAUUGUGUGCAACACUGUUUUUGUGAAGUCUUUUUUUUAUGAUGGUUUAUAUUUUAGUAACCUUCAGAUGAGGUAAAACUUGCUCUGUGGAUGUUACUGUUGCCACACAAUGGGCACAAUGUUUUCCUUUUUUGUGUUAGGUGGACAUGUAGGUCUCUUCAUGGUUAUAUUGAAAGACAGAAGAAUAUACUGAAUGUCCUCAAUAUUAUUUUAAGGUGGCGUGCUUUUUGGGUGCUUAUUUAGAGAUGUGGACCAUGUGUACUUUAUUCAUGUGUGCACUAAAACAUGCUUUAACCGACCUUUGAAUGGUUAUUAUGUCCAUUUGCAGUAAGUCUUGCCAUAAAAUGCUAGGAUCACUCAAGUUUGCAUAAGUAUUUUGGUGGAUAUUAAGAAUUGUUGAGGUUAAUCUUAACCACAUGGAGUGUAUUUUGGAAAUGAUUAGCAUGACUUGUGAUUAACCUUGAACUAUAUAGUUGAUCAUGGUGUCUACACAUCCAAAGGGACUAAGAUCUAUAAAUUCUAUUAAUCGUUUCAUUUGGUUGGUUCUCUGAACCCAGAUUCUAAACACCUGAACUUUUGGGUGUAUAAACAGUCAAAACCCCCUUUUGGUUUAAGGAACCCCUCAUUCCUUUUGAGGAUCACUUCAAUCUUUUCUGCCAUACAGAUAAAUCAGGGAAAAUCACAAAAAUAUGUGUGUUUAAAAACAUGCCAAUGGGAUUGUGCAACUAAAGGAACAUGCCAGCACUGACAUGCCACAAAAAAGUGUUUACUCAACAAGCCUUGGUUAACCAGUCCUAACCUCCAAGCUAGUUAUCCACAUGCAAUCAGUUCUUCAAAUACAAAGUCAGGUAUGUAUUCCUCAGUAUGUAACUUAUUUCUCAGAUUAACAGACAGCGUACUGUGCACAAUAGCACUGCUCUUAUUGCACAGCCAGACAGUUAAAACACUGAGUGAAGACAUCAUUACAAGCACUCGAUGGAGUUUGUACUUUGUUCAAUACCCAUGUCUGAUUUCCAUUAUGUAAUCUGUGGAGGUCUUGUAUAACGUGCCAGUUCAUCUGAAUUAACGAGUUACAACAACAUUCAGUUUCUCUUUGGAGAUCAAUAAAGUAUUUUUUGAUUUAAUUUGAAAUAAAUUUGAACUGCUUGUAACACACCACUUAAACCUUGAUUAAGAAACCAUAUUGUCCCUUCAUCAAGGAACAAGACAGACUAACAUGUUCGUUGGUUUAUUUCACAGCUAUACUGAAAUGAGGGAAUUGUUUCUGACAAUGUACACUGGCAAAGAGAAAGGCCAGUGAGGUCUGAAACACUGGAAAAUCUAAUGACUGCUGAGAAUUCACUGCCAUACUGUUAAUCAUUCAAACCUACUGUGCCAAAAAUAAAUAGCCACUUCUGGAUCGAUUCUGUGUCAUCAGUUGACUAUGGCCUUCUUGGUUUGUCCAUUUGCUCUAUUGGUUCUCCUUAGUAUAUUCCAGUAUUUGUGAAAAGAUGGGUUAUACACCCAGAACACAUACAUGGGAGAGUCCCCUCAAAAUGGAAAUCUUCUCACAAUUGAAGGGACAAGAUUUUUGCCCCUAAACAGUCAGCAUUGCGGAUGUCAGAUUGGUCAUCCAAUGUGAAUUGUUGGUUGUACUGUGUGUUUAAGGGUUUUUUGCAUACAGUUGUUGUGAUUGUACCUGUACAUCUUUCAUCUGACAUGAAAAUUAUUUUCACAUUUGCCUUAUGUUGGUCUUAUUGGUGGUCUUAGAUCUUGAAAGGCAGAGGACAUUUAUUUCUGUGUUUAGGUGUUAAGGUAUUGCUGCCGACUAAAUAAAAUGUUCUGUGAUUUUUACA